AUUACACUUGUGUUCCCUCCAAGCAUAACGCCACUUCCAAAUUUCAAAAAUGGCCACAACCUCUACUUCAAAAAAUCCCUCUUUUGAAGCCAAUAUUGAUACCUACUACGAAAAUUGGCUAAUCCAACUAGAAAAUUUUCUUGAAAAACUAAAUGAAGUCUCAGCCUCAUAUGAUGUCUUCAAUGAAGAAGCAGAAGAAAAUAGAAGCAGCAGCAGCAAAUUGGUGACACAAGUUUUGGAUCAUUACCAAGAAUAUUAUCAAGAAAAAUUCAAGGCAACUAAUGGAGAUACAUUUUUUCUUAAUUCUCCACCUUGGUAUACUUCUUUAGAAAGAACGUUUCUUUGGAUGGCUGGUUUUAAACCUUCUAUGCUCUUUCCUACAAUUAAUUACUCAAUAGGCCAAGAAUUAACACCAGACCAAGGCGAAAAAUUGAAGAAGCUAAAAUCAGAGAUUAAAAGAGACGAGAAGGCAAUUGAAAAAGGAAUGGCGAAGGUUCAAGAAAGCGUGGCGGCGCCGCCGAUAUUUGAGCUGAUGAAAAGAGGGGGAUUGCUUGUUGAUGGGGAAGCUUCGGAAUUGGAAACUAUAAUUGAUGGGUUGAAACAGUCGAUGAUGGCGAUGAUUGAAGCAGCGGAGCAUCUAAGAGGAUCGGCGGUGAGGAAGGUUCUAGAUAUUUUGCCGCCGAAGCAGGCGGUGAAGCUAUUAGCGGCGGUGGCUCAGUUUCAUCUUCAGGCCAGAAAGUGUGGUUUACGAAUGGAUAAUCAGAGUGGUAAAAGAGUAAAUGAAGAUUUUAUCCUUUGAAAGUUUCAUAAAUUAAUAUUUCACUGGGCUCGAUAUAUUUACUUUAGUUGUAGGAAUUUAUCCGCAGUGGAAUUUAGUUUCUGCUUUUAAAAAAAAUCAGUUAAAUGAGUCAGUUGACUGUACUUUUGAUAUUUUGAAGAGUACAAGGAAACUGGGGAUUUAUUAAUCA